AUGCCAACAGUGAUAAGAAUGCCUAAAGACCAAGAAAAUCGCCAUGGAAAAAAUAGGAAUGGAUUUAAUAUAGGCUGUUUUCGUGUGUGCACUUGUAUUCAUUUAGGAUUUCUAACAUCGAAAAGUGGAAUGCUAAAACUGUUUGAACUUCUUUUGGGUAGCUGUUGUGAAACACUUCUGAUUAAUUUUGGUAUGCGUGAGUUAUCUACAACAGCAUUUCACAGUUUCCUGACAACCGUAACAGCUUGCUUAUCUACUACAUUCACUUUAUGUUUUUGCUAUACGUUGUCAUCAAAAAGUUUCUCUCUAAUCAGGCAAUCACUGUUUGAGCUGCUGUUCAACGCAAUGGCCUGUUUCUUCUACUCAAGUGCUGCUUGUUAUAUGGGCUUCAUGUCGAAAUUACCAAGCUAUAGAAAUAUCUUACUCUUCACAAUGAAUAACACAAAUCCUGCUCUGACUUGUAUUUAUUACAUGGGAACAGUAUUAGCAGUAGUUUACGCAAUAGAUACGAUCGUGGCUUACAAAUACUAUCGUGAUUCGGGUGAUUGA